AUGUCAUAUCCUGAUAUUAUAAAUCAGCAUACCAGCUAUGACCCUGGUAUUUUUCAUGAUCAUGACCGAUCCUCGAUCAAGUCCAAGAGAUCGCAAACCUCAAUGUCGACGGUGUCGACAAGUUCGGGCGCCAAUGAGCCCAACGAUUCCGGCCAAACACCAAACUCUGGGCGACCUCUUCUUUACAUGCUAAACUCACUAUGGACGCGAAUGUUCGCGACAACCGUGAUAACCGAAACUAUAUUCACAGUUGCGAUUGAAGUUUGGGUUCUCAUGAGUCUUUGGGCUCACCUGGGCGACAACACAGGGGCCACAGAUUCCCACCUGCAGUCGUUUUUGGGCCUUUAUGUAUUUGCACUUCUGUACGAGCUAGCACUCUCAUACGAUGCGCUGCGUCAUAGAAACACAAUACAACUGGUCGGACUAUGUUUCUGUAACGUGGGCCUGACGGCAUAUGGCGUCCUCCAGAUGCAGGAGAUCGAACCGACAUUAAGAAGCAUGAUGGCAAAUGCUCUAAUUGACACACGUCUGCUUCACUUAUAUCGUAUGGUCCUUAUUCUGGUGCCGACUAUCUUGGCCGUCGGCACCCUUUGCUUGACUUUCCUUACUUGGAAGUUACGAGCUGAAUUCUCGUGGUCUUUCUACAAGAAUAUUAGUGCAGAUUUACAGAUGAAACGUCGGUAUCUUACAUAUCAGGUGUACAUCGCACUACUGAAAUUCGAUUUGUUCUUUGUGUUUGGAACACAACUUCAAUUUCUUCUCAUCGUUGUCAGAUUCGAAAGCAUCGAUUUCAUUGUCAAUGCUGCUCUAGUACCGAUAGCCAUCGCCAACUUGGUACUAUCAGCAUACUAUUGCAAACGAGAGAAGAGGAAAUCUUUCAUCAGCAUGAUGUUUCUGAUGUUGAUCACAAUGGCAUUUUUGGUUCUUGCUAUAGUUCGAGUUCACACCAACUACACCUCCGCUGGGUUGUCCAUAACUCUCUUUGCAAGUUUCUCCUUGCUUUUACUGAAUGCUACACUCAUCAACUCUCUUUUAUGUUUUCUGAAUUUUGACCAAGGAUUGAUGACUCACGUCAAUUCACCGGAUAACGACCCAGCCAGUCUGGAGCUUAAGCAAAUGGAGACUCCUACGAGGUUUUUGCUCAGUUAA